GGCUCGGAUCCCUCCCGCGCGCGCCAUCCCCUCCGCCAGCAGGUGUGAGCGGUUCUUUACCCCCGGUUCCUACCCAGCUCAGUAUCCCGUCGCCUCCUCGAAGCUUGGAACUGCCACAGGCUCCACUGUGACGUCUCGUCGUCCAGGCUCCAGUCAUCCGCAGUGAGAAGGUCCACGAGUCGUACUCCAGGUUUGCUCAGCACAAUGGAUUGCAAAAACCUGCUCGGCCUGGGCCAGCAGAUGCUGCGUCGGAAGGUGGUGGACUGCAGUCGGGAGGAGAGCCGCCUGUCCCGCUGCCUCAACACCUUUGACCUGGUAGCUCUUGGGGUGGGCAGCACCUUGGGUGCCGGUGUCUACGUCCUGGCUGGUGCAGUGGCCCGUGAGAAUGCUGGUCCCGCCAUCGUCAUCUCCUUCCUGAUCGCUGCCCUGGCUUCGGUGCUGGCUGGCCUGUGCUAUGGUGAAUUCGGUGCCCGCGUCCCUAAGACAGGCUCAGCUUACCUCUACAGCUACGUGACGGUGGGGGAGCUCUGGGCCUUCAUCACCGGCUGGAACCUGAUCCUCUCCUACAUCAUUGGUACUUCAAGUGUGGCGAGAGCCUGGAGUGCAACGUUCGACGAGCUCAUAGGCAAACCCAUUGGACAGUUCUCACGCCAUCACAUGGCCCUGAAUGCCCCCGGGGUGCUGGCCGAAAACCCUGACAUAUUAGCUGUGAUUAUAAUUCUCAUCUUAACAGGCUUGUUAACUCUUGGUGUCAAAGAGUCAGCCAUGGUCAACAAAGUGUUCACCUGCAUCAACGUCCUGGUCCUGUGCUUCAUCAUGGUGUCGGGAUUCGUCAAAGGGUCCGUUAAAAACUGGCAGCUCAAGGAGGAGGACUUCUGGAAUAGAUCCAGCCCUCUCUGUAGGAACAAUGACACAAACGUGAAACAUGGUGAGGGAGGGUUCAUGCCCUUUGGGUUCUCUGGCGUCCUGUCAGGGGCAGCCACAUGCUUCUAUGCCUUCGUGGGCUUCGACUGCAUCGCCACCACAGGCGAAGAAGUCAAGAACCCCCAGAAGGCCAUUCCCGUGGGCAUCGUGGCCUCGCUCCUCAUUUGCUUCGUGGCUUACUUCGGGGUGUCCGCAGCCCUCACGCUCAUGAUGCCUUACUGCUGCCUGGACACCGACAGCCCACUGCCUGGUGCCUUCAAGUACAGUGGCUGGGAAGGGGCUAAGUACGCAGUGGCCGUCGGCUCCCUUUGCGCACUGUCUGCCAGUCUCCUAGGCUCCAUGUUUCCCAUGCCCCGAGUUAUCUACGCUAUGGCUGAGGACGGACUACUGUUUAAAUAUUUGGCCAGAGUCAACGAGAGGACCAAGACACCAGUGAUUGCUACGCUGACCUCGGGCGCCAUUGCUGCUGUGAUGGCCUUCCUCUUUGAAUUGAAGGACCUGGUAGACCUCAUGUCCAUUGGCACUCUCCUGGCUUAUUCUCUGGUGGCAGCCUGUGUGUUGGUCUUAAGGUACCAACCAGAACAACCUAACCUGGUAUACCAGAUGGCCAGAACCACCGACGAGUUAGAUCAAGUAGACCAGAAUGAGGUCAGUGCCAGUGACUCGCAGACGGGCUUUUUACCAGUAGCCGAGAAGUUUUCUCUGAAAACCGUCCUCUCACCCAAGAAUAUGGAACCAUCCAAAUUCUCAGGGCUAAUUGUGAAUGUUUCAGCCAGUCUCCUAGCCGUUCUUAUCGUCAUUGUGUGCAUUGUGGCCGUGCUUGCGAGAGAGGCCCUGGCUGAAGGGACACUGUGGGCAGUCUUUGUGAUGACAGGGUCAGUCCUCCUCUGCAUGCUCGUGACAGGCAUCAUCUGGAGGCAGCCUGAGAGCAAAACCAAGCUCUCAUUUAAGGUACCCUUUGUCCCCAUACUUCCUGUCUUGAGCAUCUUCGUGAACGUCUAUCUCAUGAUGCAGCUGGAUCAGGGCACCUGGGUCCGGUUCGCAGUGUGGAUGCUGCUAGGCUUCAGCAUCUACUUCGGUUAUGGGCUGUGGCACAGCGAGGAGGCGAACCUGGCUGCUGGCCCAGCAAGGACUCCUGACAGCAACUUGAACCAGUGCAAAUGACGCGAAGCCCCACCCACCGAGGUGGCAGCGGUUGAGGGGUGCCCCUAGAGGCCUGGGACCUCACACUCUCUCCACCCAUGCCGUAGGAUCCGUCCACAUCCCCGGUGUCACCAAAGGUGCUGUGCGCUGGACUGAAGCCUCAGCCACAGCUGACAUAACCCGGCCAGACAGCUCUGCAGCCAGCUCCUGAGGUCCUGGUCACUUCCAGACAGCUCCUUGGUCUCAUAUCCCCCAUGAACAAAGAAAGCAGCCCUCCUCCCUGCCAGCUGGGCACUCUUCGCUGCUGCAGCCCCCAGUAGAAGCAAGGCCCCCUUCUCCUCUUCCUUGGGAAGCAGGCCUCCCUGGGACCACCCUGGUAUUAUUGUUCAUGUGCACACUCCCGAUCCUUAGAGCGUCUUUCUAUCAGCCCAGUCAGGACAGCCUACCGGCCACAAGAUCCGAGACUAACCCUAUGAGAUGGCAUGUCCCCAGCAGUGCUGCCCAAUGGCCAAUCAAUUGCCGAGUACCUAAAGAGGAAGCACUGACUCUUAUCUUACUGCUUCCAGGCUGGGGUGAUAGGUCUGGACCUCAGACACACAACUUUUCCCGGCCUCUGACAUGGCGACAGACCCCAGCACAGUAUACGCCAUUCGUCUUAAGAACAGAAGGCGGAAGACCCCUAGAGGGAUCAGUGGUGUCAAGGUGGGAAGGCCGGCUCUGCCCGCGUGGACUAGGGGACAUUCUCUAGUUCCAUUCCUGGCUGGCUCUUGGCAUCUGUCCUCACUGUCCUGAGUUAUUGGAACAUGAGGUCUUAGCAGGAUUGAGUCAGGCUCUCAGGUCGCCUAAGGUUCUUCAGACAGGUGGUCGCUCAAUGUGGGGUUGUGACGCUUUCUCUGGCCACUGACGCCAUCCUGGUGGCCCCUUACAUGUAAGGAGGGCUGUGACUCACCCCACCAGAUUAAGCUGGGGCUUAAUGUUAACUUGGAAAACAGCCAGCUAAUUGCCAAGUGCCAUCAGCUUGUGGCUCAAGGCGUGUGGUCUGCACAUGACAUUGCUAUCCUUCUUGUAUUCUCUCUUUCAAGCGCUGUGGUGGCUUUGCCUGCUGCUGGUGAGAUUUUUCAACCGGGCCUGGACCUUUUGCUUCCUGUGUUUGCCUGCAUUUCCCCUCCCCCACACCCUCAGCUCUCUGGGUGGGGCAUCAGGGACUCUGUAGACAAACCAAGGAUAGUGAAAAUGCCAGUGGAUUCUCAUUUCAGAGCCAUUCAGAGCCAAUCCCCCACCCCCACCCCCACCCCCAUGUUGAAAUGGGGAAGGCCAGUGUCUUAGGCUAGCGUAAAUGAUGUUUUUGAAGCCUAGCUUUCUUUCCUACCUAUCUGGCCUUUGAAACGAGAUUGGUGGAAGCAGACUGGGUAUACCGAUGUCUUCCCGGUGCUCUAGAAGGUUCUUGGAAACACAGGAUAGCGUGUAGCCCACGUGCUGCAGGCAAUAGGUAUAGCACUUGCCUAGCAUAUGCAGGACCUCAGCUUCUGUCCCCAGGACUCCAGAAAAGUAGGGAGUGCAGCUGGGUGGCCAGUCCAGGUUCUGGCCACCUUCCGGGUGCUUUGCCUCACAGGCUGUCUGAGAAUAUUUCAAAGGGAGUAUUGUAAGACCCUAAAGGUUGAGUUUCCAAAGAUAGGUAUUUAAAUUUAUGUAGAUUGGUGCUGUAAAAAUAUUUUUGAUAAAUAUUAACUUAUUUUUUUCAGGUCUUGAUUAUCUGUUGUCUUCUUAGGGCCUGUUAAGUAUCUGUCUGAUUUUUUUCCCUUAUUAUUUUUCUACAUAGACAAAGAUGAAGAGAGUGCCCAGUGAGGUAUCGGGAGAAAAUUUUUUUUUAACCUUAGUUUCUUUCUUUAGUUUCCCUUCAGGGAUAAGGUUUCACUCUGUAGCUGGCUUAGAUUUAAGUAUUAUAGCCCAGGCUAGCCUCUGCCUCAGCCUCCUGAUGCUAAGAUUAGAGGUGUAAGCCACUACUCCCGCUUACCUGUCACUGCUUUCUGGGUGAAACCUUCCUGUCUAAAGCAGCGUAACCUCGUGUUUACAAUGACAUCUCAGCCUGCAGCCUGUCACCUACCAAGCGGGAAGGUGUGCUGAGGGACUCAAUCCGCCACCAUCUCUUCUGAGGACCUCACUAACGGUGGCAGGUCUGUCCUGCCACCGCAGAACGCAGAAGCACACGCUGGCCCCGGUUGUGGGCGGCAUCCUUUACCCACUUCUUAGUCAGAAAAAGAUGCUCAAGGGUGGCUUGCUUAGUAAGCGAUUGGCCAGUGUGCUUUUUUCCUAAGAGUGGGUGGUCGCCAGAGGAGCUGUUUUGGGAGGGAGGCCCAGGAGCCUCGGCACACAGAGCGGUCCCUGGAGGGCACCUCCACUACGCUUCUUGUCACACUACAGUUCCUUUCUCCUGAAAGAAAAAUGCGCAAGCCAAUAACCAAAACAACAGACGCUGACGACAAUCCCUCAGAACCAGGUGGUGUCCGUCUCUUAGCCCCCUACCCACAGAAAGGUCUCACUCUGUUGUCCGGCUUGGCCAGUAUUUCCUACCUAGUUGGGACUUAGACAUUCUAGAAACAUAUCCCCAUGUCUCGUUUAUCCCCACCUAGAGUAUUCACAUUGGAAAGACCCGUUUUUCCAUAAGUUUGUGCCCCUCCUGUCUCUGGGUCUAAGCUCAUGAAGAAGCCAGUAUCCAAGGAACUCUGCUUAGGAGUGGGGUACAAGAUGUCUCCACCUUCCAGAAGGUGACCCUGAUGGAGGAAGGGGAUGUUUUUUAUGGAGACACAGGGCCCUCUGUAUAUGUGUGGAAGUAUGUGUAUGUACCCAUUCCCAUACCCCCCAUCCCUGCCCGCACCCUACAGCCAGGCCGUUGUGAGUUUACUUUGCAAACAAAGAAAAAGUCGAGUCCUGUCCAGGACACUUCUCUGGAAGUUCGCUGGGCUUAUACUGUUCUCGGUUGCUCACAGUUCGGCUUUACAGUGGCAUCAUCUCAUAUGUCCAUCAGACAGCCAUCCAGUCCCCUGAGCUGAUGAGCUGGUUUGGACACCAUGUCUUGGUGGCCAGAAGUGACCACAAGACUAUGGGGGACAUCAGGCUUCUCCACCUGCCCUUAGUGGUCAAGGGUUGGAUACCCUCCCUCCUGCACAUUUGGCUCAGCCGGUGUGAGCACACCAAGGGACUAUGUAAUCUACUCCACCCUGUCUACUGCCUGCUGCUUUUCAUGCAUAGGGUUGGGAAAUUCGUGAGUACGUUCAGAAGGCAGACCUGAAUUGGCUAGCAUUUACAGUCCCCUCUCAAGAGGAGCUCGUCUAACACAGGAUGAAGCUUGGAAGCAGCAGUGUGAGAAACUGGGUUCCUGGGGUAAGUGCAGGCAUGCCCCACAGGCCCACCCAUACCUGUCGGCAAAGUCACAGGCACUGCUGACCUGUGUACCUACCUACAAUGAAAAUAUUCAUGUCUGGCUCUCGCUAGGGCCCAUCCUUUCUGACUUGAAUGCCUUAUGUCCCCACAGAUACUUAAAUCUUAUUUACUAAGAGCUAACUGUUAGCAUCCAAGCACUAAGGAAUCUUAGUGGGGAUCGAAGUGCCAGGAUGCCCAUCCCUUGGGGUAUUGGUGGUGGGAAAAGGAAGUUGGAGUCCACAUCUGAUUGAGCUCCUAGCGAAGGGAGUCGCUGGCCAGAGAAUACAUGAAACAUGGGAACUGUUACGGAAUUCAAAUUCUGAGUUGAAUGUAUGUUAUGUACAGUUAUUUUAUGUAAUUUGAACCUUAUGUUUGCUGUCGUAAUGAGAAGAUUGUACAUAAGGCUCCUUGAAGGAGAGCAAGCUGUCUGACUCGCUACACUCCUGAGGCCAAUUUGGUUGUGAUGAAUUUUUAUUUUUUUUAAAGGCAAAAAACUUUACCAACUGGGUUUUACCUCCCUCACUUGAAUCCAGUCUUUCUGUACCCACUGCUCCAUUUGAGCUAGGGAAUAUGGCGUGGCCAAUGGUUUUGGGGCACAGUGACCAAGGGGGGCCCUCCUGGACCAUUCUGUUACAUGUGCUGAAUGGCUGGCUAAAAAGCCCAGGGGAGAUGAAAGAUCAUAUCCAGGCAUAUUCUCAGGGUGCUGGCAUGCCCAGCGGGGCCAGGAAGCAAGGUUUAGGAAGACAUGUAUGGACUAAUUUAUUGACAAGGGAUACUUUCGUGUUCCUUGCCAAGCUUUUUGAGUUUGGGACUUAUUUUCCCAUUUGAGAAGUUAUAAUAUAUAUAUACAUAUGUAUUUAAGAUAUUUCCUGCUUCGUUUGUGCCUUGCAGCUUCGAUGGGUAGAAGAUCACAAAGGGUCAUGAUACCGAUGGGGGUUGGUUUAUUAUCAAACCAGAAUAGUUGUGGUUUCUCCAGGACAAUUUUUUUCCUUCUACUGAACAUGGAGCCGUUAUUAAAAGUUAUGUGUGGUUUUUCAUUAUGUAAAUUGUAUAUAUUUUUUUGCUUGUUUAAGGUUCUAUUUUUCUAAUAGUCUUCUUGCAGUUUCUUAUAACGGUAACGUUAGAUUAAGACUGAUGCUAACUGUAAAUCAAGCUGGUCUCUGCUGGAUCCUCAUGGUUUAAUUCUAUUUUAUUUUAAGGCCAAGUGCAAGUGUCAUCCAUGACCUUUUUAAAAAUGUGAAACUUAUGUUUCCCCUCGUUGCUGAAGACAUUGUACACUGGCAACCCCCCCUCCCGUA